AGAGGAACGUGUAGAGAUGAUGGUUGUGGUGUAAUUCCCGGCCCAUACUGGACGAUGAGUCGAUCAUGGUCAGCGGCUGAGCCUUGAAUCGCGCGAAUCUCGAUACUGGCCGGCUCCUCAUCGAGGAAGCCAGGAUAGGGGCCCGCCGAGCCUUCAAUAUAGCCUCAGAUCAUGGAACCCUGUCGCAGACGCCGAGACCGUCUCGACGAGGCUGUCCGUGGGCAGCAGGAUGCAACGUCAGCUAGGGAGAAACCGGCGGGGUACGCGAUGUCUCAAGGGACCAAGAUGAUGCACAAGAUCUGCGAAACAGAAAGCCCCCACCCCGGCUGGAGUCUCGGCAAGAAUAGACUGCCAACUCGACAUCAGGCUUGGUCAGUUACCCGGCUGGCAAGGCUUAUCUUCCAGUGCGCCAUACAGUUCCAUCCUGCCUCGCUGGGCUGUGUGUCAUUAGCUCGGGGUUUUGUGAUGAAAUACUCGUGGGGCAUCACGACAGAACGGUCGACAAAGCAAGCAAACGGACGUCGUCGUCAUCAUGACCAUCUAUGACAGAUCACGACGACGGGAGUGACCGACAAUUCACGUCUGGCGGAUGGGCGAGCAGACAACACAGUUUCCGGGUGAAGAGGGAGAGGGAAGGCUUAAGCGGCCCGUUCUUUCUGAUAAAAACAAUUGUAAUAAACCCUUUCAUCAAAAGUCGUCUAUUAUGGCAUGUGUUUUAUAUCCCAUUAUUGCGUUCGUACGAGCAACGCCUUGCUUUCUCGUCGAGAAACCCAGAACACCACCCUCCGCGAUCCGCGCAACUACUUGCUUAUAUAUGUAUAUAAAAAGAAGAGAAUGAGAGACAAAAACAUGAGGCAAGGUUCCUUCCCGGUGUGGCGCACAUGCUUGUGUAUGUGUGUGUGUGUGUGUGUGUGUGUCUCUCUCUCUCUCUCUCUCUCUCUCUCUGUCUCUCUUCGUGUCAAAUGGCGCCUCGCAACGCCCGUCGAAUACCCAAAUCCCUC